AUGGGGUCGGGCGUGGGCUCGUCCUUUGGGACCCUCUGCUUCAAGUGGCUGCUGUUGUUUGGCCUGCUGGGUCCAGUCCUCGGUGGGGCGCGGUCAGGCUUUCAACAGACCUCACAUCUCUCUUCUUAUGAAAUUAUAACUCCUUGGAGGCUGACCCGAGAACGGAGAGAAGCUCCCAGGCCUUAUUCAAAACAGGUAUCUUAUGUCAUUCAGACGGAAGGAAAAGAACACAUUAUUCACUUGGAAAGGAACAAAGACCUUUUGCCCAAAGAUUUUGUAGUUUAUACCUACAACAAGGAAGGGGCUCUGAUCUCUGACCAUCCUAAUAUACAGAAUCAUUGUCACUAUCGGGGCUAUGUGGAGGGAGUUUAUAAUUCAUCCGUUGCUCUUAGCAACUGUUUUGGACUCAGAGGAUUGCUGCAUUUAGAUGAUACAAGUUAUGGGAUUGAACCUCUGCAAAACAGUUCUCAUUUUGAGCAUAUCUUUUAUCGAAUGGAUGAUGUCCACAAAGAGCCUCUGAAAUGUGGGGUUUCCAACAAGGAUAUAGAGAAAAAGCCCACAAAGGAUGAAGAUGAAGAGUCUCAGAGCAUGACUCAGCUACUUCGAAGAAAAAGAGCCAUCCUGCCACAGACCCGAUAUGUGGAGCUGUUCAUUGUAGUAGACAAGGAAAAGUAUGACACAAUGGGGAGAAAUCAGACUGCUGUGAGAGAAGAGAUGAUUCGAUUAGCAAACUACUUAGAUAGUAUGUAUAUUAUGUUAAAUAUUAGAAUUGUACUAGUUGGACUGGAGAUUUGGACAAAUGGAAACCAGAUCAACAUAAUUGGAGGUGCUGGCGAUGUGUUGGGGAACUUUGUACAAUGGCGGGAAAAGUUUCUUAUAACACGGAGGAGACAUGAUAGUGCACAGCUAAUUCUGAAGAAGGGUUUUGGUGGGACUGCAGGAAUGGCAUUUGUGGGAACAGUGUGCUCAAGGAGCCAUGCAGGCGGGAUUAAUGUGUUUGGGCAUAUCCCUGUGGAGACAUUUGCAUCCAUUGUUGCUCAUGAGCUGGGCCAUAACCUUGGAAUGAAUCAUGAUGAUGGAAGACAUUGUUUUUGUGGCGCAAAGAGCUGCAUCAUGAAUUCAGGAGCAUCAGGUUCCAGAAACUUUAGCAGUUGCAGUGCGGAUGACUUUGAAAAGUUAACUUUAAAUAAAGGAGGAAACUGUCUUCUUAAUGUUCCAAAGCCUGAUGAAGCCUAUAGUGCCCCUUUCUGUGGUAAUAAAUUGGUGGACCCUGGGGAAGAGUGUGACUGUGGUACUCCAAAGGAAUGUGAGUUGGACCCCUGUUGUGAAGCAACUACUUGUAAGCUUCGUUCAGGUGCUGAAUGUGCAUAUGGUGACUGUUGUAAAAACUGUUUGUUCCUACCAGGUGGUACUGUGUGCCGAGGAAGAAACAAUGAGUGUGAUGUUACAGAAUAUUGCAAUGGCUCUUCUCAGUUCUGUCAGCCAGAUGUUUUUAUUCAGAAUGGAUAUCCUUGCCAGAAUAACAAAGCCUAUUGUUACAAUGGCAUGUGCCAAUAUUAUGAUGCUCAGUGUCAAGUCAUCUUCGGCUCAAAAGCCAAGGCUGCCCCAAGAGAUUGUUUCACUGAUGUGAAUUCUAAAGGUGACAGAUUUGGCAAUUGUGGUUUAUCUGGCAAUGAAUAUAAGAAGUGUGCCACUGGGAAUGCUUUGUGUGGAAAGCUUCAGUGUGAAAAUGUGCAAGGCAUGCCUGUAUUUGGAGUUAUGCCUGCUAUUAUUCAAACCCGCCAUAGAGAUACUACAUGUUGGGGUGUGGAUUUCCAGCUAGGAUCUGAUGUUCCAGAUCCUGGGAUGGUGAAUGAAGGCACAAAAUGUGAUGCUGGAAAGGUCUGUAGAAACUUCCAGUGUGUAAAUGCUUCUGUUCUGCAUUAUGACUGUGAUAUUCAAAAAAAGUGUCAUGGACAUGGGAUAUGUAACAGCAAUAAGAACUGUCAUUGUGAAGAUGGUUGGGCCCCUCCAAAUUGUGAGAAUAAAGGAUAUGGAGGAAGUGUGGACAGUGGACCUACGUACAAUGAAAAGGAUACUUCACUGAGAGAUGGACUUCUGAUAUUCUUCUUUCUAAUUGUUCCCCUUAUUGUUUUUGCUGCUUUUGUAUUCUUCAAGAGAGAUCAAUUAUGGAAAAGCUUCUUCAGAAAGAAGAGAUCACAAACAUAUGAAUCAGAUGACAAAAACCAAGCAAAUGUCCCUAGACAACAAGUGAGUGCCCCUCGCUUUGCCUCUCCAGUGAUUCCUCCCAGAGAAGCUACUGUAUAUGCAAACAGAUUUCCAGUACCAAACUAUGCAGCCAAGCAACCUCAGCCGUACCCAUCAAGGCCACCUCCACCUCAACCGAAAAUAUCAUCUCAGGGAAAUUUAGUUCCUGCUCGUCGUGCUCCUGCACCUCCAUUAUAUAGUUCUCUCACUUGA